UAUAUAUAUGGCUUUGUAAGAACCUAGAAACAACCCAACUCAACUAUUCCUCUAGGAUAGAGGUUUUCUAUGAAAAGCGACAAUUAAGGGUCAUUUACGUUGGUAAUAGACGUUUUCUUAGUCUAAGUAGAAGUAGACGCGUUUAGUUGAUUAUACAAAUCGUCAAUUGAAUUGAGCUGUGUUUCUGCUCAUUAUGCAAAUAUGAGUGAAAUAAAAAAGAAACAAACUUCUGCUGCGAAUUUGCUCUUAGGCGCAGGCCUAAACUUGUUUGAGUAUGUUUUAAAUAUCGUUUUGAAUAUCGUUUGUUUAGUGAAGGAUGGUAUUAUGUGAAGGAUACAUUCUUAUUGUUUUGGUUUUCUUUGGUUUUUUCGUUAGGUUUUGGAAGGAUUCCCUGGUGUAUUUUUGAAUUGGAACUUUUUGCUAAACAAGUUUUUAGAGCCUCUUCUUUGGGUCAUCCGUUGGAAGUUACCAAGGUCCAAAUGGCAGCCAACCGUACCCAAAGCAUGCAGCAAGUCCUGAAAUCCAUUCUUUCUCGCGGUGGUAUCUUCGGAUUUUAUCAGGGUUUAAUACCUUGGGCUUGGAUCGAGGCUUCUACUAAGGGAGCCGUGCUUCUUUUCACCUCCGCUGAGUUGGAGUAUUGGGGACGUUGUGCUGGGUUCUCGUCAACUGUAGCCGGUGCCUUAGCAGGCAUGGGUGGUGGUAUUGCCCAAGCUUAUGCUACAAUGGGUCUUUGUACUUGCAUGAAAACCGCUGAGGUGACUCGUGCAAAGCAAGCUGCCAGCGGAGUAAAUGUCCCUAGUACAUUCCGCGUCUUUACCGACUUGUACAAGGAAAAGGGCAUCCGUGGUGUUAAUCGAGGAGUGAAUGCCGUUGCCCUUCGUCAAAUGACGAACUGGGGAAGUCGCUUUGCUCUUUCUCGCUUUUUCGAACGACCUAUCCGUUAUUUGUCAGGAAGCAGAGAUUCUGAUCCUUUAACCUCGGGACAGCGAUUAUUUGCUAGCAUUGCAGGCGGAGCGCUAAGUUGUUGGAACCAGCCCAUCGAAGUGGCUCGUGUAGAAAUGCAGAGCUUAAGCAAUGGUCCUCAAAAUACCUCUCGAGGUAUCAUCUCUACUGUCAGCUCCAUUUACAAAAACAACGGAAUUAAGGGCUUGUAUAGGGGUGUUAUUCCUAGAAUGGGCCUUGGUGCUUACCAAACUGUCGUUAUGGUCUUUUUAGCUGACAGUAUCCGCUCUUUUUUCAAUCAAGAGUAAGCUUUUUAAACAGUUUGUGUUUUUUCCGUGGCCUUUUCAUUCCUUUUCUUGGGCAUAUUGCCGCAUUCAUACCAAAUUAAUUCCAUUUCCCUCCUUUCAAAGGAGUCGGUUUCUUACUGAAAGUUGGUUGAAUCUAAUAUUCACUUUUCUGUUUGAUUUGAUUCAUUUCAUUUGAGCAUGUUGUUAUCCGCAUUCAUUACGUGUUUUAUUCAAACGCUAGCUGUAUUACAUUCAGAUAGUAUUGACAGGACAAUAGUGAUAUAAAUAGAUGGUGCCUUUUUAGGUAAAAUCAUUCAAAAAGAAAAGUGCUAUCAUGAACACAUGUUAAGUAUACUUUUCGAAAUUGAAAAUGUAAAAUAGAAAAAAUCACCAGGGCUUCAAGUUCAAAACAAUGACUGGC